AUGGCUAAAUAUGGUUCUGGAACAAUAAUAGCUCGAUAUGCACCCAAAUUAGUUAUGGGAGGAUUGCUUUGUCUCAGUAUUAUGUUCUUUGUUGUUGCAGCUAUAAUCGUGUUAAGUCUUAUUCCACUUUAUACAGCAAAUCGUGGUGAAAUCGGAUAUGGUGAACAUUAUCAAAUUAAGACAUUGGUUAUUAAAGCUUUAGGUCAGAAUAUUUCUUUUACAGCUAAUAAUGCAAGCGUUACUGAUAGUCGAGAUUUGUCAUUACUAUUUACUUCAGUAUAUCGAGAUCAUGGAGUGGCAAAUUUAAAAGGUUGUAGUGCAACAAAUUUUCGUGCAUUUUCUGGUAAUACAAGUAAUUUUAAUAGACGUCGUCGACGUCAAAUAGAAAUUGGAUUAUAUGAAAUAGGUGAACUUAAUAUUUACUAUUCGACUUCAUGUUCGCAUAAAAAUGAUGAAUCAAAAUAUAUUACUAAUACAAGUCUUAGUACUUGUGUUAAAAAUCGACUGAUAGAAUGUAAUAAUUUAGUGAAUGGUUCAUCAAAUUCUUCUGAUUGGACAAGAUUUUCAAAUCCAUUUUUACAAACAAUUACUAACAAUGCAAGUAAUCAGUCAUUAGCUAUUGUAGAAGAAGUUUUUGGUUUUCCGUUCUUAACUGCACAAAAUCUGGCCUCUAUUUUGAUUAAUACGACUGAUAUCAACAACCAUAUUCGUAAGCAUAUAAUUUUUCUUAUUAGUACAAUGAAUUUAUUUUUGCUAUUUUUUAUGAAAGUAUUGGGCUGUCAGUUUAUAGGACAAGUAUCUCAACAAAACAUUGAUACUGCUCUGGCAUCUCAGUCAUAUAUGCCAACAUCUACGGCAAGUGGUUAA